GCAGGAAUAUUGCUGAAUGAUGCGUAAACAACCAACCAACCAACCAACUUGAUAUAGGCACUAGUGAUACAUUGUCGUUAUGCCCUCACAGAAGACAGUUCACAUGUAUAUCCUGGCUUUGACCAUUAGGGUACAGGUGUACACUGAAGUCCUAUUUAUUGUCGUUUCCUUGAUAUGGCUUUAGACUCUGACCCAAAACAUUGCUAACACAACAUGCAGGAACUCGCAUACUGCUUUGAGUCCAUCACUGAUCUUGGCCUUUGGGAUUUUGUGUAGAUUGUUUAAAAGUUUGUUAGUUCUUGAUUACAAACCAGAGCAGAGGUCAGAGUGCUCGGUGUGAGACGAGAGAUGUCAGAGAAUCCUUAUUCUAUCCAAAAUGUUGGCCCAAGAAGACAACGAUCAUUUCAUAUUUGCUAAUGAAAUCCAGUCUAUUCCACCAAGAUACUGAAAACACAAUUGGGACCAGGUGUCCAGAGUCGGACGAUGAAGAGGAUGAUGGCAUGUGGGAUGAUGAAGAGGAAGAGGGAAUGGAGAUGCUGAAUGGGCCAGUCAGGUGCUUGUUCUGUGAUGGUAUCCUCCAGAGUGUAGACGAGGCAUUCCGUCACUGCCAGGACUCACACCAGUUGAAUAUCCUGCAGAUUGCUCGACGCUUCAGCCUUGACUGUAUUGGCUACAUCAAGAUGAUCAACUAUAUCAGAAAACAGAAGCCAAGUCCGUCGUCUCUAAGCAGUUUGACGUUACCAGUCCCCUGGGCCAGUGAUGACUUCAUGCAGCCAUCAGACCAUGACGAUCUACUGUUACAGUACGAUAUAGAGUCCGUGGAAACCAGUUCUAUACAGCGGGAUACAGAUCAAAGGGAGACAACUUCAGCCACAUGUGGCACCCCAGAGCUAGAACAGAGAGCUAUGACAGCCGAGGUUCGGGCCAAGCAGGCCGAAGAAGAACUGAGAAGAGCAGUCGCAGACUUGGAGAAAGUUAGGUCAUUUAUGAAGACCUUAAUGUCCACUGAACCAGAGGUGAAGGUCACACACUCGGCACCCUCUAUACAGAGUCUGCAGGCUGAUGAAGAUGAGGCCUACUUCUCGUCGUACUCUCACUUCGGGAUUCACCAGGAGAUGUUGAAGGACAAGGUACGUACUGAGAGCUACCGAGACCUGAUGCUGAAGAACAAAGACUUGUUUGCUGACAAAGUUGUCCUGGACGUGGGCUGUGGGACAGGCAUCUUGUCCAUGUUCGCAGCACGGGCUGGCGCCAGACUUGUCAUCGGGGUUGACCAGUCAGAAAUCAUUUAUCAAGCUAUGGACAUAGUUAGGGAGAAUGAUCUCAGUGACAAGGUGACAUUGUUGAAAGGCAGACUUGAAGAUGUGAAGCUGCCCGUCGACAAGGUGGAUAUCAUUGUGUCGGAGUGGAUGGGGUACUUCCUGCUGUUUGAGUCUAUGCUGGACACAGUGCUGUAUGCUAGAGACACCUAUCUGAAGGAGGAUGGAAUAGUGUUUCCUGACCGAUGCACGCUAUCCCUAGUAGGGUCAGGUGACCUUGACCUGCAUGGUAAGCACAUCAGUUUCUGGGAUGAUGUGUAUGGUUUCAAGAUGUCCUGUAUGAAGGCGGAGGUGAUACACGAGGCCAUUGUGGAGCUGGUAGAGGAUGGCGGAAGUAUCACCCAGCCAUGUGUUGUCAAGGAGUUGGAUGCCUGUAGAUGUCGCCUUGAUGACCUUCAGUUUGAGUCGCCCUUUUGUCUGACCUGCACACAUGAUGGCUGCCUGUCAGCUAUAGUGGGCUACUUCGACAUCUUCUUUGAGAAGGGUUGUAAUACAAAGGUGAGCUUUUCUACAUCGCCAGGGAGUCCGACCACACACUGGAAGCAGACCGUGUUUCUCCUGGACAAGCCCAGGACUGUCAGGAAAGGAGAGAAGCUAGAGGGCAAGGUCGUCUGUAAGAAGAACCGAAAGGAUCCCCGGAGUCUGGUCAUUACGAUCGAUGUGGCUGGUGUCACACACAGAUACAUUAUGGAAUAAAUCCUAAAUCUUACCUACA